AUGGAGGCCUUCUACUACGUCGUCUUCGGCGCGCUCUCCGCCGUCGUGGCGGGGCUCGAGCUCGGCAAGAGCGGCAAGGACCGCGUCGCCACGCCCACCGCCUUCAACGCCUUCAAGAACAACUACGUCCUCGUCUACUCCCUCAUGAUGUCCGGGGACUGGCUGCAGGGCCCCUACGUCUACUACCUCUACAGCCAGUACGGCUUCGACAAGGGCGACAUCGGCCGCCUCUUCAUCGCCGGCUUCGGCUCCUCCAUGCUCUUCGGCACCAUCGUAGGCUCACUCGCCGACAAGCAGGGCCGCAAGCGGGCCUGCGUCACCUACUGCAUCACCUACAUCCUCAGCUGCAUCACCAAGCACUCGCCCCAGUACCGGGUGCUCAUGAUCGGCCGCAUCCUCGGCGGCGUCGCCACCUCCCUGCUCUUCUCCGCCUUCGAGUCGUGGCUCGUCGCAGAGCACAACAAGAGAGGCUAUGAUCCGCAGUGGCUGUCCAUCACCUUUUCCAAGGCUAUAUUUCUCGGCAACGGGCUGAUUGCCAUCAUCGCUGGGCUGUUUGCAAACCUGCUUGCUGACAACCUGGGCUUUGGUCCUGUGGCUCCGUUUGAUGCAGCUGCAUGCUUCCUCGCAAUAGGCAUGGCUAUCAUUAUGUCCUCAUGGAGCGAAAACUAUGGAGAUUCAUCUGAAGGCAAGGACUUGAUCGCUCAGUUCAAGGGUGCUGCCAAGGCAAUUGCUUCAGAUGAAAAGAUUGCGUUGCUGGGAGCCAUACAGUCAUUGUUCGAGGGUUCGAUGUACACCUUUGUCUUCCUCUGGACUCCAGCAUUGAGCCCAAAUGACGAAGACAUUCCUCAUGGCUUUAUAUUUGCGACGUUCAUGCUCUCAUCUAUGUUGGGUAGCUCCAUUGCUUCACGCCUAUUGGCCCGGAAAAUGAAGGUCGAAGGUUAUAUGCAGAUAGUGUUUUCAGUAUCAGCAGUCACCCUUUUCCUCCCUGUUGCCACCAGCCUCCUAGUGCCAGCUUCACUGAAAGGAAACGGCAUCUCAUUUGCAGGCUCACUACAACUGCUUGGUUUCUGUACCUUUGAGUCAUGUGUCGGCAUUUUCUGGCCAUCUAUCAUGAAAAUGAGGUCUCAAUAUAUUCCUGAGGAGGCAAGAAGCACGAUCAUGAAUUUCUUCCGUAUACCGCUGAACCUGUUUGUAUGCGUGGUGCUGUACAAUGUGAACGCGUUCCCUAUCACCGUCAUGUUUGGCAUGUGCUCCAUCUUCCUCUUCAUGGCAGCAAUCUUGCAGAGACGGCUAAUGGUUGUUGCUGACCUACACAAACUAUCAACAAAAGCACAAGAGAUGACUGGGGAAGACGAACCACUAAAUCCUUGAAAGGCCAAGAGAAUCGAGAUGCCAUCUGUUCAUACUCCUGUGUCUUCUCCACCUGGCGGCUGAAUAAGAUGAAAGUGAGAAAAGCCUGGAGGGGAAUGUUUUUUUCUUGUAACUUCGUUUAUGUAGGGCAGAUCGAUGAUUGUUAGGUGCGAGCACGAUACAUAGCUGAGAUAAGAAAAGUUUCGGAGUGAAUUGGUGGUAUAGGCUAUUCAUGUUGUCAUUCAUCACAUGGCAUUAUUUGCGUUUAAAUCGCUGGAGUGUGUUCA